AUGUCCGACCCAGGUCCAUCACAGUCCCCGACCGUGGACACGGCCUGGGCCUGUUUUGGCUCUCUCCGACUUCGAUAUGGUUUUCCGGAUCGCCGUGACCCCCGCAUUAUUCCCGUCGGCUGGAUCUGCUGCAAAUGCCAGCACAAUAACACCGAUUUCGAUGCCUACGGCAAGCCUGCGGAGAUUGAGCCUGGAAACACUGACCACUUGAAACCCUGUGCUGAGGUGAAUUGUCGGAGCAGGAAGCGAGAUCAUUACGGCAACGAGUUGGACCCCUUUCCACAUUCUUUGUGCCCGGAAUGUACUUUGAUCGACCACAAAGAUCAUCCCAUCAUGUCUGGGAUUGGUAUUCCGGCUGCGUUAUCCGACCAUAUUGACCGCUCCAAGGUGGCUUUCUGGGAAUGCUGCCACUGCCUGAAGCUGAACGCAAUCAAUGACUCGGCGAUCAAUGGCUCGGCCUCUGGGCGUUGCUUCAGCUGCCAUUUUCAGAGCCAGGGCUCCGGACACUGCCGCAAUCCCGACCACCCCCGGCUUCGGGUCAGGGCUCUGAGUGCGCUCCGGUUGGCGCAGAGGCAGUGCUUUUAUCCGUUUUUUGUUGAUCCCACUGUUUCCAAUCAACACAGACAAAUUCCAGAGGAGGGUAAUUACUUGUUAGAUGCCUACCGCAAAGUGUGUAUGGAGACUGAUGUCGAAAUCAUGCUUUCGGCGCAUGUUAUCUGUGGUGACUGCCGACUUCUGAACGGAUACAAAGAGUACCUGAUCUUCGCGUACCAGAAAGAAAGGUUUGUCAAGGGGGGAGUGCUCUGGAGCGGUGUCAAUGCGAAGUUGCUUGAAUGGCAACAGCAUAACAGGAGGGCGCCUACCCCCGUUGAAAAGGCCGCUCUUCUUGACGAGUUUGAGGAGCACAUCAGUAAACAGUUCAAGGAGCACUCCAGCGGCUGUUGGCGCACCAUCGAGCGGUUCAAACGUUACCGCGCGAAAAAGGUGGUUGACAAAUCUUCCUUACUUGGUGACUGUGACCCCAACCCCUAUCCCGAAUGCGACAUGGAAAGAACCAAGAGAAUCAUGCAGAGGGAUUCUCGGGCUAAAGCCAGAUUCGCAAUGGGUCAUGGACAGGCAUCAGUGGCCCUGAUGUUUCGCCAGAAGGAACGCAUCAUGCGUGACCACGGCUACUUCAGGGAUACGCGCCUUGUUUAUAAGGUGAGUGCCUCUAAACACCACAGAUUGAACUUCCAGGGAAAACCAUCCCCUUUAAGGCAGUGUUUUACUCGUCAGGAUGCCAAAACCGACCACCGCUUGGUUACUGUCGGAUAUGUAAACCGGGAGAGGGCCCGUUCCACACACACAGCGGAAGAAGACGAAGUUGAAGCCGAGGCAUAUCAGCAGCGAUUUGAAAGGCGACAUGCUGAUAUCCUUCAACAAUGCGAGGCGGCCUCUCAACGAAUCCUUCAGCAAUGCGAAAAGGCGGCCUUUCAACGACUCCUUCAACAAUGUGAGGCGGCCUUUCAACGACUCCUCGCCGAUUUGUGA